AUGUCGGACUGCACAGUGCCAGCAGCCUUUCCCAGCGCGAUCGAUUCCGCGAUUCUGUGCCCGCGCAUUCCUCACCGCCCCCCUCGUGUUCCCGCCCCGCUCCGCCCCGCUCCGCUCCGCCCGCCGCUCGACAUGGCCGCCGCGCUGGGGAGGCUGCUCCGCGCCGCGGUGAGUGAGGGACGGCCCGCGGGCCCGCCCGGCCCCGCCGCCCUGCCGCCGCCCUGACCCUCCCUGUCCCCGCAGGUGCCCGUGGCCGCCGCCGCUGCCGGGAGGAGAGGGACGGCGCAGCUCCCGGCCUGCGCCCGCCGCGCCUUCAGCCUCGGCUCCUCGCGGUUCGCCGUGGCGGUGACACAGCACGCCCCGUCCUUCAAGGGAACGGCCGUCGUUAACGGAGAGUUCAAGGAGUUGAGCCUAGAUGAUUUCAAGGGGAAAUACUUGGUUCUCUUCUUCUACCCCCUGGACUUCACUUUUGUCUGCCCCACGGAAAUUGUGGCUUUUAGCAACAAAGCGAAUGAAUUUCGUGACGUGAACUGUGAAGUGGUGGCCGUUUCAGUGGACUCUCAUUUCAGUCAUCUGGCCUGGAUAAACACACCACGAAAGAGCGGCGGUUUGGGCAAAAUGAAUAUUCCAAUUCUGUCAGACCUCACCAAACAGAUCUCCCGUGAUUAUGGGGUGCUGCUGGAAGGACCUGGCAUAGCACUGAGAGGUCUGUUCAUCAUUGACCCAAACGGGAUUGUCAAGCACCUGAGCGUCAAUGACCUGCCCGUGGGGCGCAGCGUGGAGGAGACGCUGCGCCUGGUGAAGGCUUUCCAGUUCGUGGAGACACACGGAGAGGUGUGCCCAGCUAACUGGACUCCAAACUCCCCAACGAUCAAACCAAGUCCAGAAGGUUCCAAAGAAUAUUUUGAAAAAGUGCAUAAAUAAACACUCAAAUAUGUGGGCAAAACUCUUAGUUUUGUCCACUGAAGACAUUAGGAAAACAGCUGUGAUUGUAAAAAUUAAUAAUAAAAAUAAAAGGUCUCAUUUUGUCAUGUUUAAGAAGAAAUUAAAUGCUGAAAUAUUUACUGACUCCCUUGUCUUGCUUUAAAAAGGGUACAGCUAAGGCUUUCCCCCAUCUUCUGCAACUUCAGUUUCAUGGAUUUCUGUGACCAUUAAUCAUUUUCCUGAAUGUGAUGAGUACACAAGUUACAGUUGCCUUCCACUGGCUUUCUCCUCUUUCUUUAACUAGCUUUGGACCAGAAAAUGUCCUGCAUUUCAUUUUCUCAUACAACAUAAAAUUCUGUCAAAAAAAAGUUUGAAACAAUACAAGGAUAAAUUUUUGAUAUAUGGUUUGUUUUUAAUGCAUUUUGCAGAGGAAGAGAUAAAUGUAAUAAUUUUAAAAUUAUUGGUUUUGUGUGUAAAUGCACUAAAACAUGGAAUGAAUGUAAAUAUGUGCCAUUUUAGAAAAAGGUGCAGGUCCUUGGGAGCACUAACAAGGAUGAAUUUUAAUUUUGUUUGGGAGAUGGUAAAAACUUGAACCCCCACAGUGCACUUACUGGAGCUUCAUGGCAAGUUUUCUUUCACUUGAAUUUGCUUGACUCUUGUACUGCUUGAAACUUAUGUAGCAUCUCUCUAGCUGUAAUAAAAUAAUCUUAACGUGGCCUGGCA